AUAACCCAAAGGUCCCAAACGCGAAAUGAGAAGAGGACUUAAGCGCAAGAGAGGGACGCCGGAUGUAACUCUGACAUCCUUGUUGGCUUGCGACAGCGGCAGCGGCGAUGGGUGUUGAACCCAUCGUCCGCUGAUGAAGUUUACUCCCCGUUCUCCUUCUUCCUUUUCUGGAUUUAAUUCGUCUCUCAAACAUCCCAUCUAUUUCGUUCUCUCCUCCAAUAUAUUCCCAUCUUUCAUGGCUACUCUCAGUACUCAAACCGACUCCCACGAAGAUCCAGACGACCGUCUCUGCGCAGCCACUUCCGGAUGUUCUUCACUCCAGCAAAAUUGCUCUUCAUCUUCAUCUUCUGCGGCGUUGCCAAUGUCUUCUGAAUCCCCAUCCCCGUCGUCUUCGUUGGGCUCUCCCGCCCGUUGCUUGAACGGAGAGUGGCGUAUUGACCGAGCGUGGACUCACUGGAAGAAACUGGGGCAACCCAAGCUGAUGGUUGCCCCGAUGGUAGACAACUCGGAGCUCCCUUUCAGAAUGCUUUGUCGCAAGUACGGCGCCGGUGCCGCCUACACGCCCAUGUUGCAUUCCCGUAUCUUCUCGGAGAACGAAAAGUAUCGGACUCAGGAAUUCACUACCUGCAAGGAGGAUCGUCCAUUAUUUGUCCAAUUUUGUGCCAAUGACCCAGAUAUCUUGUUGGAAGCUGCACGAAUGGUGGAACCUCAUUGUGACUAUGUUGACAUUAAUUUGGGGUGUCCACAGCGUAUUGCAAGGCGAGGGAACUAUGGAGCUUUCUUAAUGGACAAUCUCCCUCUUAUAAAAUCUCUAGUGCAGAAGUUGGCAGACAACCUCCAUGUUCCUGUGUCUUGCAAAAUCAGGAUUUUCUCAAAUUUACAAGAUACCAUAACAUAUGCCAGAAUGCUAGAGGAUGCUGGUUGUUCUCUCUUGGCUGUCCAUGGACGAACUAGAGAUGAAAAAGAUGGAAAGAAGUUCCGAGCUGAUUGGAAUGCCAUCAAAGCGGUAAAAGGUGCAGUCAAGAUUCCAGUCCUGGCCAAUGGGAACAUACGCCACAUGGAUGAUGUUCACAGAUGUUUGGAGGAGACAGGUGCUGAUGGUGUGCUUUCAGCAGAGUCUCUUCUUGAGAAUCCAGCUCUCUUUGCUGGAUUUCGGACUGCUGAGUGGGUGGAGGCUGAUGAGGAAAGCAAUAUAGAUGGCAAACUAGACCAAGCAGAUCUAUUGGUGGAGUAUUUGAAACUCUGUGAGAGCUACCCUGUUCCAUGGAGAAUAAUCCGUUCACAUGUUCACAAGAUGUUAGGAGACUGGUUCAGGAUUCAUCCGCAGGUGAGAGAGGACCUCAAUGCACAAUCCAGGCUUACCUUUGAGUUUCUAUAUGAUAUGGUAAAUCGGCUGAGGGAAUUAGGCACAAGGAUUCCACUUUAUGUGAAGGGCAGCCAUGCAGGAGGGCCAACGGAAAAUGGAGUUGAUACACGUAAUUAGUGAUUUUGAGUUCAAAGGAAAUGGCUUUAACCUUUAAGCAACUACUAACCAAAUGGAGUUGCUGUCUGGCUGAAGAGAACACUAGGCUCUGUACCCGGUUUUGAUCGCUUGAUCAUUCGCCCCUGUAGCUGUGACCUAUUUUUGUUAGAGUUUAGAGUUGUACUUUCAUGGUGGUUGGUACCAGAUGCGAUGCGAAUGAUUCCUUUGGUAAUUAUACAAGUCUUAGCUUAUCUUAGCUUUAAUUAGAUGGUAAUAUCUCUUUUAUAAUGAAACUAAUUGCUUAAUUGUUAAAUUUUGUUUUGGCCAACUAUUAGGCCGUGAUUUGUUGGGAUUUUGGAAAAAUAUCUUGGAAACUAAUCAAUUUCCUGAGUAGGUAGUGGUACUACAUAUUGCAAAGAUGCAUAUGAUUGUUAUUUUCCUGGCUGCAAUUGUUUAACAAGACAGAAGAGAAUCUCAUUUUGUUCA